GGCGAAGAUGGCUGAUCUCGCGAAGGAUGUAAAUAAUGUUCGCUUGCUCUGAGAUUAAUAAAAUAAUCAAUGAAUUUUGUGUACUUAGCGUGAAUUUAGUUUGACUAGAUUGAAAGGUUAUAGGAUGGCAGAAAAGGAGGAGGAACCCAUAACAGUGGAAGAGAGCGGGAAUUCCGAGGAAAGUGGGAAAAUCGAGGAGAGUGAGAAGGUUGAAGAGGUAAAGGUUGAAGAAAAUGUGAAAGUUGAGGAAACUCCUGAGGCUUCAGCUACCGAAGAACCUCCUCCGAGUACGGAGACGAAUACCGGAGAAACUAAUCCUCCCGAGGCUGCUGGCAGUCAGGCUGUCACAAAAGACAAAACGAAAAUCGAUAUAUUUAUGAAGGCGACGGGCAAUACGCCGAUAAUGAAGAAGAAAAAGUGGGCCGUCGCCCAAGACCAGACCAUUGCCAAGAUUGCCGAGUUCUGUAGUAAAUACUUAAAAUUAGAUCCUGAUGAGAGAUUGUUUUUGUACAUAAACCAAACUUUUGCACCCGCACCUGAUCAGACUAUGAAGAAUCUUUACGAUUGUUAUGGAACCAAUGGAAUCCUAACUAUUCAUUAUUGUAAAAGCCAGGCAUGGGGAUAAUCUCCGUUGCUGUGGAGGAAUAAUAUAUAAAUAUAUACAGUUGACUAGGCUUUUAUUAAGUUAUGUUAUCAUUGCUAAGUCAUGCCAUAUGUGAUCUAAAAAGAUUAUUACUCUUUGUAAGGUUUUACAAAAGAUUUUAUUUAAUUAAUAGUGUACUUGCGUAAAAUCACUGUUUAUUCUUACAGUUAUGUGCCGAUGUGUGUAAGUUAAGGACAGACAUUUUUAAUUCUGUACAAUAGCGUACAAAUAAAAAUUUUUUGUAUUUUU